UUAUAUUUUGAUAUUUUUUUAAGUAAAUGACUUGAUUUUUCACAGAAAGCUGAACGUUAAAUUCCAAAUUGCUUAUUAAUUAAGUUUUUAAUUGCUUUAUACAAUUUCAAAUUUUUACGAGCACGACACGACCAUUAAAUAAUGUUGGGCCUGAAACUUUUACGUCAAACCAAUAAAAUAUGUGUGGGGUUGGCUGCUCAAAAGCAAAUAUCAUUUUGCAUUAUGCCGAGUUGUGUCAAAAAUUUCACUGCCAUAAGUCAAUCGAGCAAUAAAACAGUAACUAAUUCUUUGGCAAUCGCUCCAAUGUUUUCUCGUUGUGCUGGUACUGCUGUAGCGGCUAAAUCUGAAAAAAAUUAUGCAAAUAUGUGGAAAGCCGAGCGUAUUGUGUCUAUCGCCUUGUUACCGUUAUUUCCAGCAGCUAUAAUGUAUUCGUCUCCCGUUAUAGAUACAUUAUUAGCCUUGAGUAUCACUUUUCAUUCAUACUGGGGAUUGGAGGCUUUAGUAGUGGACUAUCUACGUGUGCCAGUUGUUGGUCAAGUAGCUAACAAAGCGGGUAAAUUAACAGUUACAUUUUUGUCUAUUAUCAUGCUUGCUGGAUUUUUGCAGUUAAUUUUUAAUGGCGACGGUCUCGGAAACGCUAUUGUUCAGCUAUGGAAAGUAUAAUUCUUUAUGAUUACUUAAAAUUAUCAUUAUUACAAUAAAUUGUUGUAAUAAUAUUUUGCUUAUUGUAGUAAUUUUAUGUAAAUAUAUGUAUUUUAAAUAAAAAUAUGUUAAUUUCUAAA